CACUUCAGGUGUGCUGAGAAGAACCAAAAUUGCUUAAAUUCAGAGGCUGAGGAUAAGAAGGAAGGCCCCACUCCAGGCUGAGAGUCUGACAGCAAUGCAUAUCUGCCUAUGUUGAAACCCGUGCACUGUGCAGUGGACAAUUCUCAGAACUUCCUGUUGGCUCUGUGAAGGUCUGUGAGAGACCACCGAUUUCUGCCUCUGGCAUCAGACAAAGGUGAGGGACUCAUUCUGCUGGCCGUCCUUCAUGCGAGGAGAGCAGAGAGAAGCAGUUUCCACUCCAGUUAUAAUUUUCAGUCUUCAUUCAGAAUCUUGGAGCAACUGAACUGCUAUUGCUCAUCACUCUAUUUUCCAGCACUGAAGAUUUCAAGGUUACAUACCCACAUAAACAGAAGGACCCCAUAGAGGCUGGUUUCCUGUGUUAUCAGCCUUGAGUUUCUGGCAUCUGAAUCUUCAACAACAAGCUCUUGCUGUCCCCAUGGCUUCCAUGCAAGGGGGUCAACUCCCUGCAGAUGCAAACCCCAGCCCCAUAAACUUCUCUCGGGUCCUGCAAGGUGUGCUCUUCAAUAGCCAGUUACGUGAUUUGACGCCAUUCCUGCUCCGCAAGUAUCAAAAGAAGGAGCAGGUUACCAUGGAUGAGAUGCUGCUCACUGUGGACCAGAGUUACCAUCAGCACUUCCUUGGAAUGUUUAGAGAAUAUUGUGAGUCCAUAAAUCUGGGCUUUGGCAUUGAAAUAAGGCAGGCUGAUCCCUUUGGAAAAGUAUAUGACCUUGUCCCCAUAUUGGGCCUCACUUACAGUGGGAUUCUGGAUGAAGAGGAGAAUAUAGUUUCCAAAGUUGACAUCCUGAUAUUUAUCCUGACUCUAAUCUUCCUAGAGGGCAAUUGUGUCAGUGAGGAGAAACUAAGGAAACAGUUAGCAAGAUGGGAGAUGUUAGCUCAUAAAGAGAAUAUUAGUUUUAGAGAGCCCUGGAGAUUUAUCGUUGAAGAUUUGGUAUGGACAGAGUAUUUGAGUUACCGGCAGGUUCCUAACAGCGAUCCUGCUCGCUUUGAGUUUUUGUGGGGCCGUAGAACCCUUGCCGAAACCAGCAAAAUGAAAAUCCUACUACAUGCGGCCAAGCUUAAUAGUGAAGAUCCCAAGGCUUACCCAGAGCUAUAUGAAGAGGCUUUAGAUGAAGAAAGACGUGCAGCCAGUGCCCGUGAAUAGAAAAAAUAUGUGACAAC